CGACAUGGAAAGUGCGGAAGUAGAAGUACGUUUAUUGUUUUUCGCCAAAAGUCGAGAAUUAGUUGGAAGGAAGGAGGAUACGAUCAAAUUACCAAUUCAUCUACUGCCAGCAGGUCUCUGGGAAGGCAUACUAGCUAAACAUCCGUGUCUUCAACCUAUCAGUGAUAAUAUCACAAUUGCAUUGAACCAAGAAUACAUAGCAAGAGAAGAAACAGAACCAAUUGUACUCAAAGAAGGUGAUGAAAUAGCGAUCAUACCACCACUCAGUGGAGGAUAGAAACAACAAACACAUAAAGCUACAGCUAUGAGUGGUGAAGACGUGGUUGCAAUAACACCUGAUAAACUGAAUGUGGAAGAAAUUACAGAGAUGGUAAAAUGUCCACAGGCUGGUGCUGUCACUGUUUUUCUUGGUACAACUCGAGACAAUUUUGAAGAUAAAAAAGUUAUUAAGUUAGAGUAUGAGGCAUAUGUUCCUAUGGCUGAAGCAGAAAUGCGGAAAUUAUGUCAUCAAAUAAGAGAGAAAUGGAAUGUUGAAAAGAUUGCGAUUAUUCAUCGUAUUGGAAUUGUUCCUGUUAUGGAUGCCAGUGUGAUCAUUGCAGUAUCCUCUGUCCACAGAAAGGAGUCAGUGGAAGCUGUUCAUUAUUGCAUUGACUCUUUGAAAUCAUCUGUGCCUAUAUGGAAAAAGGAAGUAUAUGGUGAUGGAAGUUGCAAUUGGAAAGAAAACAAAGAGUGUGAUUGGGCAGCUAGAAACACUGAUAGUCAAUCAUCAUAA